UCUCUGCCUCGACUGCACCUCCCAGCCUCGACUGCACCUUCUUGCCUGCCUGCCCCCUCAGCAGCCCACAGAUCCAGCCCCACACGUUACCACAGUGCCGCCUGAUUCUUCAUCAUGUCGAGCUCACUAUCCGCUUCAGCAAUCUCAAAUCCAACAUCGUCCUCGGUCCACGCCAAAAUCGAGAUGGACUGUCUCGACGACCUCACCUACCUCCAGGAUCAGAUCCGCAAUGCCAUCAAGGCCAUCUUUUCCGAAAUCAGGGCCAGACAAGACGGGCCUUUCGCCCUCGGCGACGAAGCGAUGGAAAAGUUUACCGAGAAGUACAUAAAGCGCCUGUUCAAAAUGGCUGGCCCAAACAUCAAGAUCAACGGCGUCGAGUUUGAGGAGGCCAUCCAGAAGAAAGUAGUCUACGAAGAAUUCGACGAGGGCCUGAGCCGGAAAUGCCAGGAGCUGGCCCACAAAGUCGAAAUGAAGCGACUGGCCAUUGCCGAGCUCAAGCGCAAGUGCCUCCCGGAAAUCGAAACGCUUUCGGACAGUAUUUUGGAGCAGCGUCUGGCCCUCAUUCGAUCGUUCAGCGCACGGCCGAACGCACAGCCUCUUGUGCCCGCCCACUCUGCCCUGGACGACUUUGUGGAUAGCCAUGUCACUGAGCAAUACGUCGCAAGUCUCGACAUGGUCGCUGCAGUCAGCAAGGACAUUGAGCCAGUCGUCCAGAAGCUUCGGCGCGCCCGACAAGUGCUCGAGAGCUGGAACAUCCCCCAAAGCAGCGUCGAGAGGACUCCCAGCCGGCGGUCGACCAUGGGUGCCAGCACCACCCCCUCGGCGACCCCACGCAGGUCGCGAUCGGGCUUCAUGAGGCGGCUCGAAGCGACAGCCCAAUAUAACCCAUAUUAGGCAACUGUGGCAGUACACACCGCCACCGACAUCGGGUCGCACACCCUGCGAGCGAGCGGAUGCUCGUCGACCGGCCUUGGAUACGCCCUCAAGAGCAAGCUGUCGAUAGACAGACUGCAGAAGUACUGCGCAUGGGAUCAGUGGAAUAUGCACACUAUCUCCGAAUGGUGCCGGAAGCGGCUGGCGGUGGUGUCUUUGAGCGAUUGCCGUUCGUCAGAUGGCAAGACGACACAGUCAUCGAGAGAAGCACGCACUUUGUAUUGUGAUCGGACCUGCUAUGUCGCUGUGAUGCAAGCCGCAUAGCCUCGACCUGUCAUGCUGAUUUCUCUCUGGAUCAUUGGUUUGUGGGGGGAGGAGGAGAGAGACCACCCGUGAAUACACCUGGUCGACGCCCAUGGAGGAUGAACAGCCAACAUCGUCCCGGCAUUAUCCCGGCAC